AGAUCGGUAAAUAGUAGGAACCAUUCAAACUGAUCACAAUGCUGAGAAUUUUGUGCGGAAUCGCUCUAGUGAUUGUAACAACUUCCGCCUUUCCAAACCUUCAAGAAAGAGCUGAGACAUGCACCACCGACGCUGACUGUCCAAACGACACUUGUCAUGGUCAUGCUGGAGGAAAUGUAAUCUGCGCAAUUCACCACGGAGACACCGGUGUUUGCCACUGUGAACACCACCACCAUACACAACAUCCACACCCUGCUGUAAGAGCUGAGACAUGCACCACCGACGCUGACUGUCCAAACGACACUUGCCAUGGUCAUGCUGGAGGGAAUGUAAUCUGCGCAAUUCACCACGGAGACACCGGUGUUUGCCACUGUGAACACCACCACCAUACACAACAUCCACACCCUGCUGUAAGAGCUGAGACAUGCACCACCGACGCUGACUGUCCAAACGACACUUGUCAUGGUCAUGCUGGAGGAAAUGUAAUCUGUGCAAUUCACCACGGAGACACCGGUGUUUGCCACUGUGAACACCACCACCAUACACAACAUCCACACCCUGCUGUAAGAGCUGAGACAUGCACCACCGACGCUGACUGUCCAAACGACACUUGCCAUGGUCAUGCUGGAGGAAAUGUAAUCUGUGCAAUUCACCACGGAGACACCGGUGUUUGCCACUGUGAACACCACCACCAUACACAACAUCCACACCCUGCUGUAAGAGCUGAGACAUGCACCACCGACGCUGACUGUCCAAACGACACUUGCCAUGGUCAUGCUGGAGGAAAUGUAAUCUGCGCAAUUCACCACGGAGACACCGGUGUUUGCCACUGUGAACACCACCACCAUACACAACAUCCACACCCUGCUGUAAGAGCUGAGACAUGCACCACCGACGCUGACUGUCCAAACGACACUUGUCAUGGUCAUGCUGGAGGAAAUGUAAUCUGUGCAAUUCACCACGGAGACACUGGUGUUUGCCACUGUGAACACCACCACCAUACACAACAUCCUCACCCUGCAGUUAGGGCCGAGUCAUGUACCACCGACGCUGACUGUCCAAAUGAUACUUGUCACGAUCAUCCAGGAAAUGUAAUCUGUGCAAUUCACCAUGGAAGUACCGGCGUCUGCCAUUGUGAACAUCACCAUCAUACACCACAUCCACACCCUGCAGUAAGAAAUGAUAAAUGUUUUAAUGACACUGACUGUUCACAAGCCACGUGUCACGGACAUGAUGGAAUUGUGACGUGUGAAAUUCAUCAUGAAGGCCACGAGGGCAUAUGUCACUGCACGCAUACUCAAAAAUCAUGGGAAGAUGAGGAAGACGUUCAAUAAACACUAGAUCAACUAUUUUCUUUCUUUUUUCGUAUUUCAUACAUCUGCCAUUGUAUUAUUAAUCAUAAUAUGUAUUUAUUGUUUUACGUAUGUUGAAUAAACAAGAUAUUUACAUUUAA